AUGGCGACCCCGCCGCUGUCGCCGCCGUCGUCGUCACGACCAGGGACGCAGCCUACGCAGCCGCGUGCCGCCCUCGCAGCACGCUCCUUGGCGACUCCGGCGGCAAAGGCCUUUCUCGUCGGAUACGUCCUCGACCUCAUUCCCUCAUUACUCAAAGCCAUUCUACGCUUCGUCACGCGCGAGGUCAAGAGGAUCACGGCGUUACAAAAGAGGGCAAGGGAGGAGCGCAAGGCCGCGAGGGAGGAUCGCGAGAAGGCGGGAUCGCCAUCGUCCUCAUCGACCUAUGCUGCUGGCAAGGUCAAGACAUGGGAGGAUCUCGUUGCGCCCACACUGGCUGGUCUUCCAGGUCUCGGCGCAGACAUGGCACGAGCGACUGCCGCUUCGCUGUCACCACAAGGUAUGGCAGCAGCCUGCGCAGCCGCAAUGCUAGGAUGGGGUCUUUUGGACGAGGCACUCUCCAAGCUCCUUCUCUACAUCGCCGGCCGCCCUUCAACGUCCUCACGCACCCGCAACCAGCUCGUCCGUAUUUGGUCCUGCUUCAUCGCCGCCACUCUGGCUAGUGGCACGUCACUGAUGUUCCUACAAGUCGCAACACUCGCAUCUUCCAACAAAGACGGACAGACUGCAUCGGGCUCACGUCCCACGAUCCGCGAGCCCUACAUGAGCCCGUCAGAGUCGUUCAGCAACCUCAAGCGAUCAGUUGUCUCGCGCUUCUCAUCGAGCCACAAUCAAAAGGGACUCUCAUUGCCCACGCCUCUUGCGCCGGGAGGUCACUUCCUCGCCAGACUCACGAGCCUGUCUAUCCCCGGCACGCCCAAGGCCGACGGGUCAAGAAGCCCCACGACAUCCAAGUCUACUUCCCUCGGACUCUCCGAAGCCGGUCGCUCACCAGCGCCACAAACUUCGCCUCUGGCCACGGCUACGCCCCAGAGCGAGUCAUCUGCCCAGCUUCCCCCGUCACGCGACGAGAUCAAGAAGACGGCUCAACGCGCAGCGCAUGACGCGAGCGCGCCUCGUGCGUUGGGAAAGCCAUCACCUACUGUGGAUUUGACCCUCUUCGCUCUCGUGCGUGGACUUGACACCCUCGUGCGGGCAGCCCCGCUCUUCAUAGGCGCAGCAGCAUCCAAAGCAGGCGGGGCAAAGGGCCUCCAAGCCACGGCCGCAACUGCAGCCGCAACAGCCAUCUCUCCCACCUCUUCGUCAGGCCCAUCCAUCAUCGGCAGACAGCGCUCACGCCAAGCGCUGGGAUCCUCCAUCGGAUCAGGACGCCGCCUUGCGGCUGCAGCCAGAGUAGCGGAGUCCUCAAUCCCUGCUGCAAUAUUGCGAGGCGCUGCCAAUCAGGCCGAAGGAAUCACCUUUGUGCUCUGCUGCGCUGUCAUUAUGUGGUCAUGGUUCUAUGCGCCGGAAAGGCUACCUCCGACUUACGUCAGGUGGAUCACGAAUCUCGCAACAAUGGACGAACGCUUGCUCCUUGCUCUCCGGUCCAUUCGCACAGGCAAACCCUACAGAUGGCAAUACGGCGACUCCAGUAUAGAUGCCGGAGCAGUAGACCUUCUCGGCAGCCUGUCCGAAUCCCUGGGCCACCCAUACGAAUGGGGCGACCCCUCACGCCUGCCUCGCUCCGCAGCUGAGGCAAGGCGCCUGCUCAUAGAAGCGAAGAGGAGCAAUGCCCUCGCUCGCAAGGAAGGUCGCUCCCCUGCCCAGGUGGACACCCUUCGCAACCCUGGUGGAGAACCAGGAUAUGUCCUCUCCGGCGCCUCGGGCCCUCGCGGUCGCGGCGAGAUGGGCGGAAUCCCGUGCGAGCUGGUACACUGCGGCGUAGGCGGUGCUUCAUGCCUUAAGAAUGCGGGUCUGCGCUGGAUCAGGGGGUGGAAGGUCUGCAUGGGCAUCUAUGUGCCCGUGCAUCUCCUCCCACGACUGCUCUUCAACCCGAGCCAGUUCAUGAAGCGACCAGCGGAGAGUGUCGGAAAAGUGAUGGUGGGCAGCGCGAGGAGCGCUAGCUUCUUGGCGACUUAUAUCGCAUCGAUCUGGUUCAUGGUAUGCUUCGGUCGCACGCUCGUCCUACCGCGUCUCUUCCCGUCAAUCCCGCACACCUAUUGGGAUCGCGGUCUCGGGCCCUUGAUGGGCUCAUUCGCCUGCGGUUUAGCCAUCUUCAUCGAAGAGCGCCGCAAGCGCGCGGAGAUGGCCCUGUACGUUGCUCCUCGUGCCCUCUACGCUCUAGCAGAGAGUGCGAGGCCCGGUUGGUUGAGCCAGGGACAGAGAGGAGCCGUAUGGGCGGAGAGAGUAGUCUUCGGACUGGCGGCGGGCGUGGUCGUAACGGCGGCGCGAUUCAGACCAGACUUCUUGCGUGGGGUGACGAGCGUGAUGGCUUGGGUUGUGAAGAGUAGGGCGAGGGAUUUGAGAGUGGCAAGGAAGGAGGGACCUGUUGCCUUGGUGAGGUGA